GGGCGAGGGCGGUGCCUGGGGCGGGGCGGGGGUGGUCUCGGCCUGAGUCCGAGGUCGCGGGCAUGAGCUGCGGGGCGACCCCGCGGCUGCGAGUCCUGCAGCGACACCUGCGCUCCCUGGAGGCCAGCGGGGUAAGCCUGCUCCCUCACCACUCACCCCUGCCCUCUGAUGGCCCAGGGUCCCAGCAUGGAACCCACAACGAGCCCACUGACCACACACGUGCUGGACACCGCCGCCGGGGUCCCAGCCCAGGGUCUGUGCCUGCGACUGUCCAGGCUUGAGGACCAUGGCCAGCUUUGGACAGAGCUGCGGAAAAGCUACACCAACCCAGAUGGCCGCUGUCCUGGGCUCAUGUCCCCAGGCCAGAUGAAGGUGGGCACCUACAAGCUGUUCUUUGACACGGAGAGCUACUGGAGGGAGAGAGGGUUGGAGAGCUUCUACCCGUAUGUGGAGGUUGUCUUCACCAUCACAGAUGAGACCCACAAGUUUCACGUGCCCCUACUGCUGAGCCCGUGGUCCUACACCACCUACCGAGGGAGCUAGAGGCCACGCCAUCUUCUCUGCCUGAUCACCAGCUGGCCUGCAUGCACAGAUCCCAUCCCCUGGCCCUCAACAAAAUGGGUUGUGUUCCUUGCCAGGUUUCUGGGGAGAGGCUUGUGACCAAGUGAAUAAAGGUGGUGCUGGGA